AUGGCCGAUAAGAAAAAAUUGCAGGCAGGGGGAGAUGCACCUGAUAAAAAACAAAAGGGUAAAGGUAAGGAAGAACCAGAGGAACCGGAAGAGGUACCGAAGACUCCCUCACAAAUCGCCCGAGAGGAAGCCGAAUAUAGAGCCUACUUACGCAAGCAAAGAUUCAAACGAAAAUGGCCAGAAAUCACGAAAGUGAAGAUCAAAACACGGACGUGGAGGCCGCCGCCGCCCCCGCAAAAGAUGCCCAGAGUGAUAAUUGAGUUACCAGAACUCGAAACUCGGAAAUGGAUUCCACCUUACCUCAGACGGCGGCGACGAAGACCCAAAAAGUCAAGGAUACCCCCGGAAGAGAUGACGCAGUCUUUAUACGAAUGUGCUAAACUGAAAAAGAUUUGGCACAACUUUGGUCAAGUCGAGAAAAACAAGAUGAUACUUCAGGGCAGCGUUGGCUGCAAUUCAAAGAAGUAUUCGUCUACGACCUGUGGUUCUCAAACAGCAUGCAUUGCAGUCGUCUGUCGAGCUUUACUGGAAGAGAAGACACCAGCUGAUCUGGUGAGAAGAGAUGUGGACGAGGUGGUAGAUGGAGGAGAUAGAUAUUACAAGCAGUGUAUGCUCGCUAUGAAGUGUUAUAAGGGUAAACCUCAUCUGCAAUUGAACCAACUGUUAACAUCGUUCUACUUCCACGAUAGCAAGUAUACAGUGAAAAUGGUGGAAACUGACAGAGGGUUGCUGGCCAAGCAUCCGGAUAAUAUUCAGGCGGAAGCUGAUUUAAUGGCGUUGAUGGAGAAACGUAUAGGCUCAACGUAUAUGAUGAUUUUAUCAGCUGGAGACAAGCACUUUUUGAUCUGGGGUCAUCCACCACCACCAGAAGCUGGGAGUCAAGUGAAGACCGUCUGUUACAUUUUUGACCCCCAUAUGCUGAACAACUUGGGUCAGCCGGAUAAACUGUUCGGCGCAGGCGCAUUCCUAAGAUACGCUGGUGUGACGUCGUUUGUGCUGGAUUUUCUUGCCAAUUAUGGAGACCUGGAUGCCGCGAAGAAGGGCACCCCUAAGCCUCCGAUCACCCUGACUAGCAUCGAGGUGGUCCAAAAAGAACCACUAAUUCGAGAACCGGAUUACGAGUUGGACCUGAAAGCUUUGAAGAUCCACUGCAGAAGCGAAUGGGACAGCAUGAACAUCAACGCACUCAUCGAGAAGAAGAUUAAAGAAGGGAAGUACCCGCAGUGUUCAUUAAGUGCAGUGAGUUUAGCGACAUCUAGAGCUACAUCAAGGAAGAAGGUGCGUGACUUCUACCAGAAGCAGCCGAAAGAACCUCCACCUCAAUUACCGAUGGCCCCGGAGAAGGCUCCUCCUGGACCAACUAUAGACCAGUUGAUGCAAUUGCGCGGCGAAGACUUUUUCCUCUACUGCCCUAAAUCUGAUGGCCAUUCAUUCGGAAGAGACGACAUGAUACCCCGACCGAAGUCAGAGACGGUGUUACACAGCCCAGUUGAGAUCGCAGACCAGAAUUACCACUCGCAGUACCAACAAAUUGACGUGGAAAAGUGGAUUCUGCGCGCCACAAGACACAUGGCUAGCUACAGAUAUCAGACGUUCAAAACGUUCACGAGCAUAGCUUGCUGCGUGGCUGCACUCGGUAUGUUGCAUAGAUAUCGCGCGAGAGCGUGGAACGAAGACGUGCUGGACGAGACUCUGGAUGUCGGAUGGAAUUUCUUUAGGGAAUCCUUACUAGAGAGAAGUGGGCCGAUAAGAAGGCUUGUGCUCGGAGAACUGAAGGAAACAUUUAGGAUACGCGACACUGAGUAUAGUCAUAAGGACCGUGGUAUAGCUGUGUGGGGAAAGCUAAUUUCGGGAGACCCAAAAGUUCUCGAUCUAUGUAGAGGGCUCGAGAGCUUUUUCAAGGAAUGCGAUACAGGCAUUUUGCAGAUUCCAGGCGAAAUUGAAGUUUCAAUCUGGAACGAGGGUGGAAAGUACUACUGCUACCACCCAUGGCCUGCUGAUCGAUAUGGAUAUAAGGUUGGACUGCAAGAUGGCGGUAAAGCCUGCCUACUGUACUUCAGUCGAGUGUCUAGACUCUGCGAACAUUUUUUGGACAGCGUGGCCGAUUUGAAGCGGAAACCCUUCAGCAUAGCCGACGUUGUUGUGUCCGAGAGACCAGAAAUGCCGGAACCGGUCAAUAAGUUGAAACCGGUGGCACCAAACAAAUGGGUGAUCAGAGGAAGGUUCCAUGAAGCAGAUGCUCGUUUCCCUGAGGAGCAUAGAGGGAAGCAGGCCACUCCGGCAUCCAUUGCAGCUAUAGCCAUGGCUCACGUUAUUGAGCCUCCGGCCUGGACGAGCGAUGAUGUGGAUGAGACGGUCAUCCGCGGUGACAUACUCUAUCAAAGCACAAUGGAAUAUCUAGAGAAAAUGGGUGUCAGCCUCGAAACACCGAAAGUUGAUGAAGAAGCCGGAGAAGAGGAGGAGACGGGUCCCACUGGCACCCUCGCUGCCGUUGACGUUAUGAACAGGUUCAAGAUAUCGGAGUAUGAUUGCAUUGAGACCGAAGUUCUGGACAGCGCCUACAGCGGUGAACUUAGUCCUCAACCGGAUUCGGGUGUGGUCUCGCUGAAGGAUUCUCUCAAGAAAUUAUUUAAGGAGCACUCUUAUGCCGUGGUCACAGCACGAGGCGGCUCUACGGCCAUCUGGAGGCACGAGGAUAGCUUCUACUUCUUUGAUCCUCACGGGUGUGAUGAGAAUGGGUACCCUUCUGACGAGCCUCGUGCAACUGCCUGCCUCGUCCGCGUGAAGGGAAGCACGGACGACCUGGCCAAUGUGAUAUUGGGAAACUUGGCUCCCGGGAACGACGACAGCUUCAACAUAUCGCCGGUGGCUGUUACUGCUAGCAAACUGAACGCCGAGUUGGGCGCACCAGAGACCAAGCUUGAGAAUAAACAAUUCCAGUGGAUUUCAAAAGGCACAGCGGCCAUUUUGAUGGGUCCACGGGGCGAGAAUACAGCGAUCGGAAAACUUGCUGACAAAGCUGGCAUUGGGGGAGAAGACAUGGCUGGACGUACUCUGGCGCUGCCAGCUGCUGCGGCCUUUGCUGCGGCCGCCGAGUCAGUUCCACCCCCUCAUAUGCACCAGGAUCACAUGUAUAACUUCUUAGAUGCUGGUACGGAAUACUAUCUUAACUAUUAUAAGAAAACGGGUAAAAAAGAGUUAACACCCGAAGACCUGACGGAGAAGUUUGAGAUGGGCGCGAACACAUUCUCGAUAGAGCUGGGAGAGCCGAUACGGUUACCUCUCAGGCUGCCCGACGAACCUGCUGGGGAGGGUGGCGAAGAAGAACCGGAGCCAGAUGAGAUAGGGGAAGGCGAAGAGGAAGAAGAGAAAGAACCGCCAAUGAAACAAAUAAAAGACGCCCUCUUCAGGAUGUGGUAUGAUGAAACUAAACCUACGACUGUGUCCCUCCUGGUGGGUGAUUACCAUCAGAUGGGAGUGUGGAUGAGAGCCGGUGGAAAGGUGGUGGCAUUUGACCCGGCGCCGACCCUCACCAAGGGAAUAUUGACAAGCCAGAGAAUUGCGAAGGGUGAUGAGUUAAGACUACAAAGGAUAAAGGAUGAGAUGGCUGGUGAAGGUGGCGGUGGUGGCGACGAAGAUGAGGAAGAAGCUGGUGCUGAGGGUGAAGAAAAACCUGAACCCGAGCCAGAAUUCGUCCCCCCAGAAUCCUGUCCAGCUCUUAUGGUGUUCGCUAGUCCUGGAGAGUUUAUUGAUAAAUUAACUCUCCAAGGCGGACUUGACAAGAAACAGUGUCUAGCUCCUUACAAGCUUUAUCCGGUGAAAGUCACGAACGAACUCACAUCAGUGCUGAAGGAGAAGAAAGCUCCUGCAGCGAAGAAGGCAGAGGAUGAAGGUGCCGAUGAGGAAGAGGGAGAAGAGCUGGUCGAAGAACUAGAUGAAGCAGCUAUCGGCAAGUAUUUUACGCGCCUAGGAAGAGCAGUUGCAUCCGUCCGCGGUCGAGUUGCGCAGAAUGAGAACUACUUCCUUGAUCAACCUAAUAGGGAUAAUCAGGAUGCAGCAAACGCGGCGAUGGGGAUAGUCGUAGAUCAUAUAGAACCCUACAUCCAUUGGAAGACUGCGCUUUUGGACAGCAUGCUGAAGUACGGGGACAGGCUGUACAGCAUGUCCGUGCCUCGGGCCGCUAAUCCGCCCAAGUUGAAACCCAGUGAGCUGGUCCCCAACUUUCACGUUACUAGUUUUAACGUGAAGUUGGAGGUCGAAGCGGAUGUUGUAACUGGAGACAUCAAAGCUGGUGAUACCGGUCCAGUUGUGGGACUUAAGAGGGGCAUAUUAAAGUUCUUUGAGACGUACAAGCACGGCAUACUCUGCGCGAAGGAGUACUGUGUGGCUAUUUGGCGGGCAGCAGACGAUAAGUCGUAUUGUAUGUGGGAGCCCCACGCUGUCGGGCCCCAGGGGCUGGUGUCUCCGGGGGGAGGUUGCGCAUUGAUCGCUUACUCUAUGCCAGAACAGCUGGCUAACACGUUCUCUAGUAACAUCGGGAGACUGGCAAGGGCUGGUUCUAACAAGUUUAGUAUAUCAGCCGUCAAGGUAUUCUGGGAGCUGUCCAAAACCCCUGGACCAGUGACGCCGCAGGGUACAGUGCCUGACGAAGGAUAUGAAUGGAAAGUGCUAACUGCUUACGUGGAAACAGCGCGUGGUAGAACUAUCUUGAGAGGUUCUCGACCACCGGACUUGGUCAAGUUUACUCGAGACGCGCUCCUUCAGUCAGCUUGCGGUGCGAUAGUCAGUGCUUGCAUGUCCCACAUUCGUCGACCGCACCUCUGGACACGGCGUACUGUCGACGAGACAAUGGCGGUCGCCUGUCAGCUGUUCACCGCAUCGCUGGGCUCGCUGGGCUACGAGUUCAGACCCGGAGAAGAUGUGUUGCUGCCUUUACAGGUAUUGAAACGCUUCGUCCUCGGUGUCAAUUACGUGAGGUAUGACCUGCAGCAGGUUUACACUGGAAAGCUGGAACAGAAGGAACCCACGGAGAUGACUGUGAGAUGUGCUUUGGAGAGAUUCUUCGAGUCCCACACGCACGGGAUUCUAUGGUCUGUCCCCCAUGCUGUCGCUGUGUGGAGGGUAGCGGGAGCCCCGUCCUACUAUAUGAUGGAGCCCCACGCCUGUGGCCCGACGGGGUUGAGGGUAGACGCUCAGGAUGAUGGAGCGGCUUGUGUUCUAACAUUCACAUCAGCCAAGUUGAUGGCAUUUGCCUACCUCCAAAAUAUUCCAGUGGUAGAGCGACCGAAGCACGAUUUCCAGCUGUACGCGAUGGCAGCUGUUAUCCAGCCCAUCAAGAAGUUGGGGGGCGUUGAACCGCCCCUCGUUCGUGCACCACCCGGAGUGAGACUCGUUCCGGCUACGAGUAAGGUUGAUGUGCACGGGGGCAAGCGCCGAGCGUCCGAGUCGGAUAGGAAACAUCCCCCCGGCAGUGCCACCUGCGUAGACGCUCAACGUGCCUCCGAGAAGCGAGAUAAGGAGGAAGGGAAGCUGAAAGGUCAACGGAACACGAGCGGAUGGCUUGUACUCCACGAUGGGACGCAGUUCUUGUCUGCACAGCACUCUAUGGCCUGCAGGAAAUUCCCAUAUGCAUCUAGAGGAAACCAGGCGGUGGCGUGUUCCGUGAUGGCAAUAGCCAUGUCUCGCGUGGAGGACGUGUGCCGCUGGUGUUCCUCCACGUUGGAUCAGAUCCUCGAAAGUGGGGACCAACUCUACCAGGACAGUUACUUGCACUUCCGACCCAACUCGAAGAUAUUGCACAUGCAACAGGUCCUCCGCAAGUUCUAUACUCCUGGUAACUGCGUGUGCCGGGUCGUGGUGUAUAGAGCUAGGCAGAAGGGAAUCGUCGACGAUGACCUGGUAGAUCAGGUUGCCGAAUUCUUUCGAGAAGAGAGGUCUGGUGUACUGGUUGCCGGCCGUGGAGACUUCGCAGUCGCAUUGUUCAGAACGCCCCGAGGAUUUUACAUGUUCGACCCGGCCGACAGAGACCGCUACGGUCGCGCUGUGGCACCACCUUGCACCGGCCGCGCCAGAGCCUGCUUCUCACAAUACCCCAAUGUCAAAACGCUGUGCGAGAAACUAGGACCUAAUAUACCGCCCGUUACUGGUGUCAAACAGGACGAUGAUUCAUCUACUAAAGACGUAAAGGUGAUAACGGAUAAAUCCAGAGAAUCUAAGGACGAAUCUAAAGAAGAUAAAGAGGUUCAUUUUGAAGAACCAGCCUCGUUUGCAAUAUAUGGCAUGGAUGUAACCAGCCUCCGAAGAUUGAAUCAGCAUGAAAGAUGA